AUGUCAACGGACAAUCAACACGAAGUCGCAAGCCCCAAGGACCUCGACAUCAGCGAAUGGCUCGAGUCCAUGGAUAUCAACCGCCUUCCUUCAAACAUGAUCAACAGCAACCAACAUGAAGUCGCGAGCGUUGAAGAGUUCAAUAUUGGAGAACGAGUCGCGUCCAUGAACAUCAACGGCCAUCCUCCUGUGAGUAUGACUACCAGCAACGAAUACGAAAAUGCCAACCACGAGGAUUUCGAUGUCGGAGAACCGUUUGAGUCCAUGGACAUCAACCACAUUACUUUGGGUAUGGGCACUCUAAAUCACGACGAAAGUUUGCUCCUCCAGGACCUCAAUCUAGAGAAUUACUGGCUCCUGCCCACAGACAUAAACAGCUUUCCUCCAAGCAUGAGUAUCGAGAACAAUCACGCGAACGCAAACGCAAACGUCGAAGGCUCCGACCUAGGAGAGUGGCUUCAGUCCGAGGAGCUGGACCACGCUCUGUCAAACAUGACCACCGGUAACCCGUAUGAAAAUGCAAACCUCGAAGACCUGGAUAUCGGGGAUUGGGUCGAACACUUGAGGGUUACAGCCUUGACUCUGGACGGACAUGCCUUCGUGGUCGACCGUGGCAUUCCUCAAAGUGUGAUCGACGAAUUGUUCCAGCUCUUCUACCGUGAGACUCCUGUCAAGUACGAGGAGAUUCCCGAGCACCUUAAGGCCUAUGAAGUCUCAGUGGGAAGUAUCGAAAGACACCAGAAUUUGUGGAAUGUACUCAGUGCUUAG